UGUUUCCAGAAGCGAUAGCUGCGAGCAAGAAGGUAAUCCGGAGACUACGAUUCAGCCUCACUGUCAUAUAACAAUGAAAUGUACGAAAGAGAUUGCUGGCUUCAACGAACUAGACGAGGCUGUUAAACGGCUAGACUUCCGAAGUGCAGUCCGAGACGUUCGUAGAUUCAACUACAUUUGUGCGUUACUCGAACUUUUAAUAGGACAGCAAAUGACAGCAUUGUCUGGAUGUGCACAGAAAGUUCUACUUGCUAUGCUAGAGGAAGUUGCUAGAUAUGCGACUACUAGUCACCACAACCCUAGAGGUUUCCAUCAAUUACUCAAUAAUCUGAAGGCUUUGAGGGCAGCUGAGAGGUCGGCCUAUUGGGGUGGUCCGUUAGGUUCCCAACUUCUUUGGCACCAAAACACUUCAAAAAUCGAAAAAAUACUAAACAUGGCCGCCCAAAUGCAAAUUCGUGAACCGAAUCCAGACAGCUAUCCCAAAUUGUUGCAGCUGCCAGAAGAAUGUAUCAGAGAAAUAAUCUUAAGGCUGUCCGACCAUAGAGACCUGACCGCUAGUGCAGAAACAUGUGAACAAAUGGCGUCCAUUGUCGGCGAACAAAGAGUGUGGCGGGAACUGACUAAGUUUCAUUUCACACCUCAGCAAAUAGACAUAGCAAUGCCAAAGAGCAAUGAUGAGACUGACUGGAAGACUGUUUACCAUACUUUGAAAAAAACAUAUGGACUAAAUGAAGACAGACAGUAUGCAGAAAUGCUCUCUUUAUGUCGAUAUUGCCGAUGUCUGUUUUGGAGAUCUCUUGGCCAUCCUUGUAUCGCGGACCAAUGCCCCGAAUUUCGGGCCAGACUACAAGAAGCAGGAGGAAUUACAGCUCCCAGUCCUGUCCCUCCAUCAGCCUUUCUAAAAUUUUUCUCCUUGUAGCUGCCUUUCUAAGUCAUCUAUUUGUUGUGCUUUUUGUGCAUUGUGAUAUAUAUAUAUAUAUGAUAGAUCUAUCAAAUGUGAGAUUUUGUGUGAAAUAGGCUGCUAUAUAUUUCUCAUAGAAACUAUAUCUUAGAUUAUAACAAAUUUAUUAAAAUUAUUUUCACUUACUA